UCCUGGCACCGGCAGCGCGUUGCCAAGCCCGCCUGCCCAGGAAGCAGCUUGCAAAGACUCCCUUGAGCCAAAACCUGGCAGCCAGUUUACAUGGGAACCCGAGCAGCCCACGCCUCUAAGGCCCACCGCUCCCAAGCCCCCUAGCCCCCAGAGCCCAUCAGGGAAGGACCCCAACAACCUCAGCGCGCUGUCCCUGAGCUCAGUGGGCAGUAACGAAAGGGCAAAAGGUCCUGUGCCCUUCCCGGAUUUGGUGCAAGCCACGUGUGACAACAGCAGUGAGGACAGCGGGUCCAGAGGCCACCCUCAGCUGAGCCUCGGCGAGGCUUCGAGUCCAGAAGAAAAGGAGGAGGAGGUUGUUACUGAGGAAUCCUGGAGGCGGGGCUCAUCCCUGGAGGAAGAUGGGAAGGAGGCUCAGAGGAUCCCCAGGAGGCGAUGGGGCUCUGGGAGGAGGUCCCGGCCUCGACCGCUCUCAGACUAUGGCCAGUUUGCCUGCCGAAGUUUGUCUAUUCCUGAAGACUCAGUUGCUGUGGACCCCCAGAAGGAGGACAUUGUAGACAGUGACCACCAGCUGAACAUGGCCUCCACGGUCCCCGCAGACCAGAACGCAGCCAUGGGCUGCCCCAAAGGAUGCCAGAGAAGGCGCCCCAUCUCCGUGAUAGGCGGGGUCAGCUUCUAUGGGAACCGCCAGACAGAAGCAAUAGAGACUCUUCUAACCCAACCAGCAGCCAGGCCACCCGUGCCAGCUCACCAGGUGCCACCCUACAAAGCAGUUUCAGCCCGGUUUCGGCCGUUCACAUUUUCCCAGAGCACCCCCAUUGGGCUGGACCGUGUGGGACGACGGCGGCAGAUGCGAGCAUCCAAUAUUUCUUCAGAUGGCGGUACUGAAUCCUGUGCCUUAGUGGAUGACAACGGCAGCGAGGAGGACUACAGCUAUGAAGACCUCUGUCAGGCCAACCCCAGAUACCUGCAGCCAGGCGGGGAGCAGCUGGCCAUCAACGAGCUGAUCAGCGAUGGCAGUGUGGUCUGUGCAGAAGCCCUGUGGGACCACGUGACCAUGGAUGACCAGGAACUGGGCUUCAAGGCAGGAGAUGUCAUCCAGGUUCUGGAAGCCUCUAACAAGGACUGGUGGUGGGGCCGGAGUGAGGAGAAGGAAGCCUGGUUCCCAGCAAGCUUUGUCAGGUUGCGUGUCAAUCAGGAAGAGCUGUCGGAGAAUUCCAGCAGCACGCAGGGUGAGGAGCAGCAGGAGGAUGCUGGCACGACCCGCCACAAACACUCUGAGAGCAAGCAGCAGAUGCGGACCAACGUCAUCCAGGAGAUCAUGAACACUGAGCGGGUGUACAUCAAGCACCUCAAGGAUAUCUGUGAGGGCUAUAUUCGACAGUGUCGCAAGCACACGGGAAUGUUCACUGUUGCACAGCUAGCCACCAUUUUUGGAAACAUAGAAGAUAUUUAUAAAUUCCAAAGAAAGUUCCUGAAAGACCUUGAGAAACAGUACAAUAAAGAUGAGCCUCAUUUAAGUGAAAUAGGAUCCUGCUUUCUUCAACAUCAAGAGGGCUUCGCUAUCUAUUCCGAGUACUGUAACAACCACCCGGGGGCCUGCACGGAGCUGUCCGGCCUGAUGAAGCAGAGCAGGUACCGGCACUUCUUCGAGGCCUGCCGCCUGCUGCAGCAGAUGAUCGACAUCGCCAUUGAUGGCUUCCUGCUCACACCCGUGCAGAAGAUCUGCAAGUACCCCCUGCAGCUGGCCGAGCUGCUCAAGUACACCACGCAGGAGCACAGUGAUUACAACAAUAUAAAGGCAGCCUACGAGGCCAUGAAAAACGUAGCCUGUUUGAUCAAUGAGCGCAAACGCAAGCUGGAGAGUAUAGACAAGAUAGCGCGUUGGCAAGUAUCCAUCGUAGGCUGGGAGGGACGGGACAUUUUAGACCGAAGUUCAGAACUGAUCCAUUCUGGAGAGCUGACCAGAAUCACUAAGCAAGGCAAGAGCCAGCAGCGGACAUUCUUUCUGUUUGACCACCAGCUCGUGUCCUGCAAGAAGGACCUGCUGCGCAGGGACAUGCUCUAUUACAGGGGCCGCAUGGACAUGGAUGACAUGGAGCUCGUGGACCUAGAGGACGGGCGGGACAAGGACUGGAACCUCAGCGUGAAAAACGCCUUCAAGCUCGUCAGCAAAACCACUGACGAGGCCCAUCUGUUUUGUGCCAAGAAACAGGAAGACAAGGCGAGGUGGCUGCAGGCUUGUGCGGAUGAGAGGAGACGUGUGCAGGAGGACCGGGAAAUGGGAAUGGAAAUUUCUGAAAAUCAAAAGAAACUUGCCAUGUUAAAUGCUCAAAAGGCAGGACAUGGAAAGUCAAAAGGCUAUAAUGGAUGCCCCGUGGCCCCACCACACCAGAGCUUGCACCCCAUGCACCAGCGCCAUGUCACGGUGCCCACCAGCAUCCCUCAGCAGCAGGUGUUUGCCCUGGCAGAACCCAAGCGGAAGCCUUCGCUGUUCUGGCACACCUUCAACAAACUCACCCCUUUCAAAAAAUGAAAGCGGGAGGGCGCACCUCGGCCUGUGGCCGUGAAGAGGACCUUUUUGUUCCUUCUGUGCUCAGUCCAAGGACAGCCUAUUGGACCCAGUGCUCUUCUUUGGGGCUGAAUAAAGAAGAGAAGGACCUGGACUCGCCUUCAGUCUCACAGAUGCAGCUGCCUGCUUGGAAGGGGGAGAAGGUGAUGAUGCUCCCCGGUACACAGGAGCCUUCUGUGGUUGUGCCGAGGCGGCCGGCACUGAGGAACUGGUGACAUGCUCUGAAGUGAGUGCUGAGCAGUGACCCUGCUAGCCUCGCUGGUGAGGAGAGCCGGUGCUGCAGCCCAGGUCCAGGUGCUGCGAAGAAGGACAGGAUGGCUCGGGGCUUUUGCAUUCAGUUUGAAGGGAAUGGUCAUCCAGGGGUUGGGACGUCACUGGCACGAGUAAGCCGUUCCUCUCUUCCUUGGUGUUAGGGGACUUAAUGCAGACCUGUUCCCUGGUGUCAUCUGAACCCACACAGUGGCCACAUGAUAAUUAGCAGGCUUCAUCUUGCAGGCUCCUCCCCACACAGGCUGGAGGGGAAGCAGGAGGAGCCUGUCUAAAAGCAGGGAGGCCUGCAGUGCAGUAACUUCAGCCUCCUAGGGUGAGGCCGCUUUCCAGGCAGGGAGGGAGGCGGGGAGAUCCUGUGGCAGGCUGAUGGAGCUAGAUAGAUCCUUCUCUAGUCAGGUACUGUCCUGCCCACGCUCAUAAUGUAACUCCAGGAGCAGAACCCUGUCUGCUGGUUCAUAAUCUAAAAACUAUUCAGACACAUCCGUUUGCAAUAUAAAAACCCAUUCACUUUAGUUUCACGAUAAAGUGAAUAUGCAAAUGCACUGAUUGAAAGGAUUUCUCAUGCAAUCAGUUGUUCCUGGCACCUUCACCAAUGAAGUUAUAAUGACAUUUACGUCCCCUGAGAAAAGCUUGAGCUUCAAAGCAGUCCAUCAGCUCCAGGCGGAGCCCACUUGGUUGCAUUAACCCAAACAGUAGUGCUAACCAUGCCAUUAUUAGCAUGUCAACGGGUUUCUGAAGAUUCCCUCUUUAUACAAGAGGCCUUAACAGAAUAUAUCUAGAAGCAGAGAUAGCAGCCUACCUUUAACGAGGGCCACAUGGGCUGAUACCUGUCAACAGUUUUCUCCUAGUCUUUGUCUAUAUUGUAAAUUUUGAUGAAAAUAACUUUAAAAUGUGUCUGGAGAAGACAGGCUCUGCAAGAGAGAUGCCAUUGUAAUUUACUUAGUGCACUGGAUGUGGGGAGGGUAUUGUAUGACUCAGUUUGUGUUUUUCUAUUUGAAAAUCUCCUUUUUGUAUGCUACUCUUGGAACAUUAUUUUUUCUACUAGGCCCAUGCUUAAGAAUAAACAAACCUGUACUGUCAA